UAUAAUUUGUCCACACACAUAUAUAAUUUGUCCAAAGUUCCAAACAUAAGACAGGUUAAUAAAUAUAUAUUUUAUCUCAGGUUAAUAUAAUUUAUCCAAAAUUUUAACCUUUAAGUUUUGACUCAUUUUUUUUUUUUUUUUUUUUUUAAUGAGGGACUCUUGGUUGACUUGUGAAAGGACCUUCAAGUACGUGUAGUCUAACUUACAUCGUUGGGCCACAAAGAAAGACUUAUCAAGCAAUUCCAUUGGUUUAAAUGCAUACUUUACCAUUUUCACUGUAACAGACCUUAUUGGCAUUUUGGCACUCAACGUGAUUGCAAAUCUUCGGAUGUUAGGGCAUGAUUCUUCAAGUAACGACAUUGCCUAGCAGGAACUUGGAGACAACACGUACGACUUUUUGUGCUUGCAACAUAAAAUCCAUAAUUUGCAUCAUUGUGGAGAUGAUGAAGACAUGUCUCUUCAAGUAACAACAAAUUGACAAUGCCCAGCAGGAACCUGGAGAUAACACUGGAUUUUUUGUGCUUGCAAAAUAAAAUCCAUAAUUUGCAUCUUUGCAGAGUUUUUUAUUCAGAGAAUAUCUAGAGUUGCUUGUAUAGACAGACUGCCCCUCCACGAGAUCUAAUAUAUAGCUCAACACUUGAAUUCUGGUUGGCAUCAAGCAUCAGAAUUCACAACACAACUAGAGAGACAGUGAGAGCAUAGCAGAAUGAAGAACUUCAGCUUAAAAGCGCCACUUCUCAUAUUGCUUGUUCUCCUUGUUACCUAUUGCCUAGAAGCUGAAGCUCAAUCUUGUAGACCAAGUGGCAAAAUUAGGGGUAGAAAACCUCCUCCUGGACAAUGCAACGAAGAUAAUGACUCUGUUUGCUGUGUACAAGGCAAACUUUACCCAACUUACAAGUGCUCACCUACAGUUUCGAGUAAUACUAAGGCGGUUCUAAAUCUCAACAGUUUUCAAAAGGGUGGAGAUGGUGGUGGACCAUCAAAAUGUGAUAACAACUACCACUCUGAUGACACACCAGUUGUUGCACUAUCAACUGGAUGGUAUAAGGAAGGAGGAAGGUGCCUCAACAACAUCACCAUAAGUGCGAAUGGGCGAACUGUGAACGCCAUGGUCGUUGAUGAGUGUGACUCUAGUAUGGGAUGUGAUGGAGACCAUGAUUAUCAGCCUCCAUGUAAUAAUAACAUCGUUGAUGCCUCACAAGCUGUGUGGAAAGCCUUAGGUGUGCCUCUAAAUAACUGGGGCGAGUUGGAUAUCACCUGGUCUGAUUCUUGUAGACCAAGUGGCAACAUUAGGGGUAGAAAACCUCCUGGACAAUGCAACCAAGAGAAUGACUCUGACUGCUGUGUACAAGGGAAACUUUACCCAACUUACAAGUGCUCACCGACAGUUUCGAGUAAUACUAAGGCGGUUCUGACUCUCAACAGUUUUCAGAAGGGUGGAGAUGGUGGUGGACCAUCAGAAUGUGAUAACACCUACCACUCUGACAACACACCAGUUGUUGCACUAUCAACUGGAUGGUAUAAAGGAGGAGGAAGGUGCCUCAACAAUAUCACCAUAAGUGCGAAUGGGCGGAGUGUAAGUGCCAUGGUUGUUGACGAGUGCGACUCUACUAUGGGAUGUGAUGGAGACCAUGACUAUCAGCCUCCGUGUAAUAAUAACAUCGUUGAUGCCUCAAAAGCUGUGUGGAAAGCCUUGGGCGUGCCUCAAGAUAGCUGGGGCGAGUUGGAUAUCACCUGGUCUGAUGCUUAAAUUGAACCUAUUACUUCUGUCUUAAAAAGAUUUUACCUUUGAUGGAUGUUUCUGUUGCUGUGUUUUCAAUUCAUGACGAAUGUAAUUAAUAGUAUGUAAAUUGUAUUUCAUAUUUCUCAAAGUUUUACCCUGUAUUAAUCUCAGUUAUUGUAUUCUAAAUUUAUUGUGGUGUGAAAUCUAAAACCGAUGUAAAUAUAUUGCAUUAUAUCAACUACAAUACUCUGUUCAGAAUCUAUAAUUAAAGCAAUUAUGUAGAAUAUCUCCACAACACAAACACAAUAAGACCGACAACGCUCCAAACAUAAUACGUGAUUGCAAGUUUUGACAAGUACGUAUAACUCUUCAUAAAUGUUUCUCUGUUCCAAUGCAGGAAGAGAUCUUUGAAGAUUCAUAUAUCUUAGGUAAUAAAUUAUAGA